AUGCUAACUAAUAGCUGGCGGUUAGACGCACGAGUAUUCUGUAUUCCCGCAACACUCUAUCUAUCUAUCUAUCUAUCUAUCUAUCUAUCUAUCUAUCUAUCUAUCUAUCUAUUAAUUAGAAACGCUUACUGUCCAGAGGCGGAUGGUAGCUCAACAGAUGAGAGUUCAUCCAAGGAUGAAGACCCUGUCAUCCCGCUCAGAAGGAGUGCUCGGCAGAAGAGGCCUACCCCGUGUUGCACGGUGUGCGAGCAUGACAGCAAGACACGGGAUGAAUUUGUAAUUCUGCCACCUCGGAGCAAACGAUUAAUUGUUUCUCUUUCUCUUAACUGCUGCCGUUCUUCUUCUUCUUCUGCUUCUUCUUCUUCUUCUUUCUUCUUCUUCUUCUUCGCAACCUCUAUAUUCUUCUUGUUCUUCUUCGUCCUCGUCCUCUUUUUUCUUCUUAUUCGUCAUCCUUCUUCUUAUUCCUCGUUCUUCUUCUUCUUCUUCUUCGUCAUCCUCCUUCCUCCUCUUCAUCUUAUUCUUCCUUCUUCUUCGUCCUCCUCCUCCUUUUUCUUCUUUUCUUCUUGUUCUUGCUCUUUAUUCUUCUACAUUUUUAUUCUUCCUCGUCCUCCUCCUUUUUCUUCAUCCUUCUCAUACUCCUCCUUCUUCUUUGUCCUUCUUCUUCUUCGUCCUCCUCCCACUUUUUCUUUUCUUCUUCCUCCUUAUUUUUCUCCAUUUAUCUUCUUCCUCGUCCUCCUUUUUCUUCGUCCUCCUUUUUUCUCCUUCUUCUUCUUCUUCUUCGUUAUCCUCGUUCUUCUUCUUCAUCUUCUUCUUCUUCGUCUUCCUCCUCCUCCCCUUUUUCUUCUUCCUCCUUAUUCUUCUCUUUUUCUUCUUCCUCGUCCUCCUUUUUCUUCGUCCUCCUCUUUCUUCCUUCUUCUUCUUCGUCAUCCUCGUUCUUCUUCUUCAUCUUAUACUUCCUUCCUCUUCGUCCUUCGUCUUCCUCCUCCUUCUUUUUCUUUUUGUUCUUCCUCCUUAUUCUUCGCCAUUUUUCUUCUUCCUUGUCCUCCUCCUUUUUAUUCGUCCUUCUGCUCCUCCUUCUUCUUCUCCUCCUCCUUCUUCUUCUCCCCCUCCUUCUUCUUCUUCUUCUUCUUUUUCUUCUUCUUCGCUCAAAUAAUUGCAAUCUUUACAACAACUCGUCUUCAUUUUUUUUCAGUUUCCUUUUUUCUUUUUUCCUAUUUAUCUUUCUUCUUUUUUCUUUUCUCAUUUCUUUUCAGUUUUUCCUUCAUUCUUUUUUUUAGUUCUAAAUUUUCCUUCUCUUUCUUAAAGACUCAUUUCUAUUUCCUUUACUUCUUCCUUUUCUAUUUUCCCCCUUUCUUUUUCGUCUUUUUCUUCACUGUAGUAUCUUUCUUUUUCUUUAUUUUUGUUCUUUCUCUUCAUUUACUCUUUUAUUUUUUAUUUUCCUUUUUAUCUACCUGCAUUUUUGGUUUUCAUUCUUUUCCUUCAUUUCACCUGAAUUCUCUUCAUUUUUUCUUCUUUUCUUUAUAUAUUUCCUUUCAUUUCUUCGCCUUAUCCUUUCUUCGCCUUAUCCUUUCUUCACCUUUCACUUUCCCUUUCUUUUCGUCUUGUUUUUCCACUUCUUUUCUCUAUUCAGCUCCUUCCCUAUCUCUCAUUCACCCGCCUAUUUUAUCAUAUUCUCUUUCUCUUUCUUGGAUCAACGCGUUUCCUCAUUUUCAUUUUCCUUCUGUUCAUUCUUCUUCCUUGUUCCAUGUCGUUCUUCUCUGUUUUUCUUCUUGCCUCCAUUUUUCUAUUUAUCUCCUCCGUUCAACAUCUUUAUGUUCUUGCUUUCUGUUUUUUGAGGAUUCUUCUUUCUUUUAUGUACAUUUCCAAUUUUUUGUUCAUUUGGUUUGUUUAUUUCAUUCUUUCUUCCUUUCCCGUUUUUGUUCAAUUUCUUUCUUUCUUUCUUUCUUUUUCCUGUCCUUUCUCAAUCUUCUUUUCUCAAAUCUUCCUUUUUUACCCUUUUUCUUUCUUUCUUUCUUUCUUCCCAGUUUUUACUCAGUUUCUUUCUUUCAUUCUUUCUUUCCUGUCCUUGUUCAGUCUUCUUCUCUCUUUCCCGUUUUUGAUCAAUUUCUUUCUUUCUUUCUUUCUUUCUUUCUUUUCUUUCUUUUUUUUUUGAUCAAAUUUCUUUUCUUUCUUUCUCCCUUUUGCUCAAUUUCUUUCUUUCUUUUUUUCCCAGUUUUACUUAAUUUCUUUCUUUCUUUCUUUCUUUUUCUUUCUUUCUUUUUCUUUCUUUCUUUCUUUCCCGUUUUUGAUCAAUUUCUUUCUUUCUUUCCCGUUUUUGAUCAAUUUCUUUCUUUCUUUCUCUCUUUUGCUCAAAUCUUUCUUUCUUUUCCCCUUUUGCUCAAUUUCUUUCGUUCUUUCUUUCUUCCCAGUUUUUACUCAGUUUCUUUCUUUCUUUCUUUCUUUCUUUCUUUCCCGUUUUUGAUCAAUUUCUUUCUUUCUUUCCCGUUUUUGAUCAAUUUCUUUCUCUCUUUUGCUCAAAUCUUUCUUUCUUUUCCCCUUUUGCUCAAUUUCUUUCGUUCUUUCUUUCUUCCCAGUUUUUACUCAGUUUCUUUCUUUCUUUCUUUCAUUCUUUCUUUCUUUUCUUGCAUAAGUUCUUUGUUUUUACUUGAUUUCUUUCUUUCUUUCUUUCUUUCUUUCUUUCUUUCUUUCACGUUUUUGCUCAAAUUCUUUCUCUUUUUCCAUUUUUUGUUCAAACUCUUUUUUCCUUCUCUCUCUCUCUCUAUCUUUCUAUCUUUUUGA